UCUGUGGGUUGUUAUCUGUGGGGAAGACAGCAAUUUUGGAGCAGCUCCUUUAUGGGAAUCAUACUAUUGUGAGCUCUAUACCCAGUGUAAGGGCUUGAACUCAUGAACCUGAGAUCAAGAAUUGCAUGCCUUACCAACUGAGCCAGCCAGGUGCCCCAGAUUGACUCCAAUUUUUGAAAGAAGUUCUGCUGUGGGUAAAAUGCUGUUGUACAGUAUCAUGUGCUACAGAGAAAUUAUUUGUGAAAGGAAGAGUCGUUUGAUGUGGUAUACUUCAUUGUUCUGUCUUAAGAAACUGCCCCAGCUACCCCAGCCUUCAGUAGCCACCACCCCGACCAGGCAGCAGGCAUCAACAGCGAAGCAGUCCCCUCCACCAGCAAGAAGAUUACAACUCCCUGAAAACUCAAGUGAUGGUUAGCACUUUUUAUCAGUAAAGUAUUUUUUAAUUCAGGAAUGGAAGAUUGUGAAACAAUGGAAGAUGUUUAUAUGGCUUCAGUGGAAACGGAUCGAGGAGUAAAGGAACAGUUACAUCUUUAUGACACCAGAGGCUUACAGGAAGGCGUAGAGCUACCAAAGCAUUAUUUUUCCUUUGCUGAUGGCUUUGUUCUUGUGUAUAGUGUGAAUAACCUUGAAUCCUUUCAAAGAGUAGAGCUUCUGAAGAAAGAAAUUGAUAAGUUUAAAGACAAAAAGGAGGUAGCAAUUGUCGUAUUAGGAAACAAAAUCGACCUUUCUGAGCAGAGACAAGUGGAUACUGAGGUGGCACAGCAAUGGGCGAGAAGUGAGAAAGUACGCCUGUGGGAGGUAACAGUUACAGAUCGGAGAACUCUGAUUGAGCCAUUCACUCUCUUAGCCAGCAAACUUUCCCAGCCCCAGAGCAAAUCAAGCUUUCCUUUGCCUGGGAGGAAAAACAAAGGGAAUUCUAGCUCGGAGAACUAAAAAUCAGUAAUGCUACAACUGUUGAAUAAUGAUUGCCUUUAAGUGUCUGUGAGCAUAUUUAAAACAGGCCAUUUGCAUCACCUACCUUUGGUCCUUAGGAAACCUUUAAGGAGUAAUUUAAUGCACUUUAGGUUAGAAUUAAAUUAUUUGGGCUAAAUUUAUUGUCUGAUAUGAAAUAAUAUAUUUGCCUUGUCAUUGUUUGAAACUUAUCCCUGAACUUAGUACCUUUGUUGUUUAAAUUUGUUGUACUUGUCCGAACGGUAAAAUAAAGUCUGGGUGGUAUGCUGA